AAAGCCGACACGACAUAUCGCCUCGAAAACUCGGGAGAAACCAUUCCCGAUUCAAUUCCCACAUCCCCACUUUUGUCGAUCUUUCGCAGACAUUCCUUCGCCGGAAUGGCCUUUGUAGCGCGUCGGAGCAGCGAUGGUAGGGUGGUGGAUCGCCAGCCGGUGUCUAGUCGGGGCAGCGUACGUCCAGCUUCCCAGUCGGACAUUAGUGACGAGGAUUCGGAGUCGGUGGUGGGCUACACAAACCGCACCUAUGGAGCUCCCACUGUGAGGUAUGUUGGCCAGGGAGACGAUCGUGACGCAGUGGAAGUCCAGCCGGAAACUAAGAUCGAGGCGGAUACGGACAGCCUUAAAUACGAGGAUUUUCUGGAGGAUCACGCCGACAUCUCGGACAGCGAAGCGGAUUCCAUUGCCAGCUUCUGCAAGGAACUGGACGCGGAGGAGGCCAACGAUGCCUUGCUUAGUGGCAUGGUGAGCUUCACGGACGGGCAGCCGAAAGGUGUGGCUGAAGCGGAUGCAACAGAUGUGGGUCAACGGGGCAUGAACAAGGGGGAUGAGGCACCUGCCACGGAUACGGAGACCGUGAUAAACUUCGAUCACGAUGUGCAGAGCCUGAGCUCCUUUGACAGCUGCACGCCAACGGUGACACAGCGCGGUGAGGAUGUCGACAACUUGGACAAUAUUAGCAACAGGACAUUUUUCAAUCAGGACGAGCAGGACAGCAUCAGCACCAGGACCUUCUUAAAGCAGGACAAGCUGGAUGGGCUGAGCGGCAGGACCUUCCACAAGCAGGCCUCCUUGAAGGAGAAGAGCAAGCACUCGCCCUCGUGCCGCGAGGCGGAUCAGGGUCAGAUGUCCAGUCGCACAUACGACCUGAGCAAUCGGAGUACCAACCGCAUCUACGACAACUCCUCGAUGUCCACGCGCAGCUGGUCGGACAUGUACCGCGUCGCGCUGCAGCCCUCCGAUGGACGCAGCAACGUUGUGCCCUCUCUGAAACUAGCCAGCGUCGUCUCGGAUUCGUCCACGUACUACAAGCAGAUAACUGAGGAGCACAAGGAGCGCCAAGGCCAGGAGACCUUCGAGGACUGGAAGGCGCGUAAGGCGGCCGAGAAGCAGAAGAAUCUGCUGGCCGCCAAGCAGGAGCGGGAGAAGCGGGAGGCGGAGGCGGCGUUGCGCCAGAAAUGUGCCCAGGAGCGCUUCCAGGAGUGGUGUCGCCACAAGGAGCAGCAGCAACAGCAGAAGAAGGCUCCCACCUCCAGCCCGCCAGGUUCGAGCAACUACUCGCCCUCGACCUCCAGUUUGGGUUCCAUAUCCGGCUCUAGCACCGGUCCUACGAGGAAGGUGCCGGCGGAGCUCGCAAAGAAGCGGCUCCAGGAGUGGGAGCGCGUCAAGAAGGAGCAGCAGCAGCUGGAAAGAGAACGACUGCGCAGACUGCAGGGCAACAAGCAGAAGGAGGAGGAGGAACGCCGCCAGCGCUCCCAAGGCGCCUGGCAGAACUGGAUGAAACAGGUGGACAAGCGGGCCAAGCCGGUGCCCCUCAAUCAGGGCUUCGACACGCUGCGCGGCACCAUUUCCAACAUCUACAUUAACCCAGUGCAGUGGGUGUCCAACAUCGAUCCCCAGGAUGCGGGGCGCAGUCGUUAGAGUUCCCCCAGGAGCACUCUCACCUUCGUUAGUCCAUCGCCCAUUCACGCUGAAAUGCAGUGCCUGCAAAACCAAUGGGAACGACUCGUGCAGGAAGACAGGACAAGAUCACCUCGGUUGCUGGGCCAGCAAACUGAUUUUAAUUCUACUACACAUUGUACACGACUUUUGAUUAGUGGCGGUGGAUCCCACUUUGUUUUACCUUCGCAAGUUACUCAAUAAACCACAAGAU